CUCAGCCGCCGAGGACUCAGGCGCCAUAGGCCUUGCGCUGCUGACGCAAUGCCUCAAGCCUUGCCGCUUUGCUGGUCACUCCUGUGUGCUUGUACUUGGCUGGCGCCUUCCCCGCCGCCUCAACCAUAGUACAGUAGGACGACGUUGUACUAUAGUUGCUGUACUAGUGUUUUCGUCAUUCAGUGUAGAACGACGCUGCCGGUUUUAGGCGCAUGAUGGAUUCGCCGCUCUAGUUUGGCAUCGGACGGUCCGGAUUGGAUUUCACGCAUCAUCGUCAUGAGUCUCGGCAGAUGGACGGCGAGAUAUGAGGACAGCAACGUGCGCAUGCGCAGGAAGCGGGGGACAGCUGGCGGGCCCUCAUUGGGCAUUCGCGUGGGCGCCGGGUCGGCAGCAACCGCCGGCCUGCUUGGCGUUUCUGGGGAGGCGGAGCAUUAUCUUAGAGAGGAUAUCAAGUGCGGGUCUGCGCUGUGCCACGUGUGUUACAGCCACCUGGCGACCAUCGACCCCGCCAACCUGCUCUGGCAACUACCUCCAGAGGACUUCCUCUUUCGAGACGAGCUAGAGCGACCCUCCCUGUCUUCUGGUGCCCCGCACUACGUGAUCCCCGACGCCACCUCCCUGAUGGACUUCAUCGAGGUGUGGGAGCUGCCGGGCGUGCGCCACGUGCUGCUGCUGGGCUCCGUGCUCAAGGAGGUGCUGCAUUUCUCCAGCGCCCACCACACCAACUGCAUUCGUGCGCUAUGUGAGGACGGCAGGCGGGAGAGCUCCUUCUUUGACGACCGGCACUUCCUCUUCACGCAUUUGAUGGCGGAGGAGAGGCGGGCGAGCCUCAGGAUGACACUUGGAGAUGCUGCUUCUGCUGAAGUGGAGCUGUGCCAUGUGGUGGCAGCAGCGCAGUGGUUCUCAACCCAUCUGCACCGCACUAUACCCGUUGUCAUCGUGUCUGAUGAGCUGGCAGCGGCACGUGGCAGCAUGCCAUUGGGCGAGGUGUUGCAGGCGGUGCAGCGGAAAGAAGUGGUGGUGAUGUCAACAGAGGCGUUCUUCCAGACCUACUAUGGCCACUGCACCGCCGUUACCACUCUUAUGGACUCCCUGGCCACCCAGCACGCCUUGCGCCUCUCCUCGUCCUUCAGGUCCACGUCCGGUGGCGGCAGGCUCGGCAGCAGCAGGCUCGGCAGUGGAAGCAGCGCAAGGAGGUUUUUCCACCGCACCUGCACGGCAGUGGCAGAGGGAGUGGCGGUGGGUGCUAUCCGCGUGGGUGUGCUGCACAUAACUACCAGCGAGCCAUUCAAAGCCACUGUCAGGCACAGCCGCAAGCAGGUGCACUCCCCUUACAGCGACAUCACCAUAGUCUCGUGGCGCCAGCUCAACAGGGCCCUGCCUGGCGACACUGUAGCAGUGAGGCUGCUGGGGAAGCGCAGGGUGGGGGGAGGACAGAUGGGGAAUGGGGGCCAGGGGAGGGGGGAAGAGACAGGGGGAUGGAGGGAUAGUGGGAAAGAGGACGAAUGGACAAAGGGAGGAGGAGAGGGUGUGGUGGGAGUGCGGAGGUUUGAUGGUGGGUUUAGUGAGGGGAUGGCUGGGGCUGCUGGUGCUGAUGGGGACGGUUGGAGUGCUGCUGGUGUCGCUGGUGGUGGUGGUGAUGGCGCUACUUCCAGCGCCUCUGCACCUGAAUCGUACCCACCACCACCCGCCCCUACUGGCUGGUACCAGGCCCCCGCUGCCGCUAAUGAGGCUCCCCCUGCCCCUGCACCUACAGGCUGGGGGGACUCCACUGCUCCCCCUACAGGCUGGGGGGAAUCCCCCCCUCCCCCUCCGCCCACAGGCUGGGGGGAAACUCCUGCCCCUCCUCCUCCUGCGCGCUGGGGGGAAGUUCCCCCUGUUGCUGCUGCCUCAGGGUGGGAGGAAGGUCCCCCUGCUGCUGCUGCGUCAGGAUGGGGGGAACCUGCCCCCCCUCCUUCCCAAAGCGCAUGGGAUGGCGGGUGGAGGGAUGCAGGGAGGAGAGAGGGCGCGGAGGAGGUUGACUGGCGGGGCACGCAUGACACAGCGGGGGGGGAUGGGCAGAGGCGUGGCGAGUGGGAUGAGCAGAGGCGUGGCGAGUGGGAUGGGGGGGAUGGUGAAGAGGAAGGGGGCGAGGCGAGGCAGGAGAGCUGGCACAGAACGAGACCGGGGGCGGGUGAGCCGGGGGAGGGGAGGGGGAUGUUGUGGUGGGAGGAAGAGGAAGAGGAGGAGGAGGAAGAAGAGGAGAGUGAGGUUGAGGAAGAGGAAGAGAGUGAGGAGGAGGAGGAGGAGGAGGAGGAGGAGGAGGAGGAGGAGGAGGAGGAGGAGGAGGAGGAGGAAGAAGAAGAGGAGGAAGAGGAGGAGGAGGAGGAGGGAGAGGAGGAAGAGGAGGAGAAUGUAGGGGGGGAGGACGAUGAAAAGGACGCCAGGCAGGCAGAGGAGCAGCACGGGCACAGUGUGCUGUCGCCCACACAUGAGCAACAUCCCGUUGAGACUGGGCCCGCAGCAGGUGCAGCAGGUGCAGCGGUGCGAGCUGUUAGAAGCUCCAGCUCUGCCACGGGCAGCGAUGCUGCUGACACCACUCCGUACAGCAGCGUGAGAGGCGGCAGCAUGGGAGCAGGGAGCAGGGAAAACAGCAUGAGAGGGAGCAGCAGUAUGAGAGGGGCCAGCAGCGUGCGAGCGAGCAGUGUGAGGGCCAGCAGCACGAGAGCCAGCUCCCGCAGCCGGCUGUCCCGAGCUUCGUCCUCCAAGGCGAAGAUGGGGUUCCUCUGCGUGCCCAUGGACGCACGCCUGCCUCUGAUGUUCCUGCGCACAUCUCAGGCCGACCGCCUUCGUGCCAGCCGCUUCGUUGUGAGGAUGGCAGCCUGGGACCGCUAUUCCCGCCACCCUGACGUGUACCUGGUGAGGACGCUAGGGCCAAUGGGAGCCCUCCACGUGGAGCAGGCAGUGCUGCUGGAUGACAUGGGGCUCGCCUUCCCGGCUUUUGGCGACGGGGCCCUGCGGGAGAUCCCCCAGCCAGCGUCUGUGGCAGCAGCAGGGGCUGAAGCAGAGGGCAGGGGGGAGUGGCGGGUGCCAGAGGAGGAGAUAGCGAGAAGGAGGGACCUGAGGGACGGUGCUCAUUUCAUGUGCAGCAUCGACCCCCCUGGCAGCCGGGACGUGGAUGACGUGCUCUCCACAGCUCACCUCCCAAACGGCCUAAUCCAGGUGGGUGUGCACAUUGCGGACGUGGCAUAUUUCGUGCGGCCGGGCAGUCUGCUGGACGCGGAGGCAAAGGCGAGAGGCACGUCGGUGUAUUUGGCAAACCAGAGGAGCAACAUGCUGCCAGAGGCACUCAGCGAGGGCCUGUGCUCGCUGCUGGGCGGCCGCACGCGCCUGGCAGUGAGUGUCAUCUGGACGCUCGACCCCUCCAACCGAUUCGCGCUUGUGGGACCGCCUUGGUUCGGCCGAACGGUCAUCAAGUCGAACCAUCAGCUCUCCUACGCGCAAGCGCAGGCCAUAGCAGACGGCGUGCAUCCGCUGCCCGAGGAGUAUCAGCUGCCGGGGGGGCAGAGGGAACUGGCCCGAGCCAAGACGUGCAUCGCCACGCUCACUGCCUUUGCGCGGGAGCUGCGUAGGCAACGGCAGAGGGCAGGGGCGCUGGAGCUGGCGAGUGCGGAGCUGCGGUUUGAGUUUGACGAGAGCCGAGGGACACCCAGGCGGGUGUUUUCGAAGCAGGAGAUCCCGAUGAACGCCGUGGUGGCUGAACUCAUGGUGCUCGCCAACGCUGCUGUCGCCCGCAAGCUCACCAGAGCCUUCCCCUCGAAUGCUUUCCUGCGCCGCCACGCCCCUCCUCGGCCGAAUGGUUUUCGACAUCUCAUGCAUUGUUGUGCAGUGCGAGGCAUUGCACUCGACACAUUGACAAACAAGUCACUGGCCUCUUCCCUUGCAGCAGUCAAGCAACUCGGUGACCCCGUCUUGGAUUUUGGGCUCAAGGCCCUCAGCACCCGUGCGCUCUCAGAGGCGGAGUACCUGGCAGCAUCAGAUGCUGCAGCAGACGGCAUCGGAACUUAUCACUACGGCCUCGCAGUGGAACUCUACUCGCACUUCACCUCCCCGAUUCGCCGCUACGCCGAUCUCCUGGGGGCCGCAGAGGCGGAUGAAGGGGGUGGUAGGAGCGAGGAGGCGAAAGAUCGAGAAUCGCGAGGCGUGGAGUGGGACAAGCUAGCCGCCCAUCUGAACAAGCAGCACCGGCUGGCCAAGCUAGCGUCCAAGAGGAGUGCAGAGCUCUGUUUGCUGCUGCUGCUGAGGGAGCAACCGUUGGUGGAGAGAGCAGUGGUGGUGUCGAUUCACGACGGCUACUUGACUCUCUUUGUGCCUCGCCUUGACGUGCAAGGCCAGGUGCCCUUUCAGGACAAGGACAGCAUGGCAGUGCUGCCUCGCAAGCACGUGAGCGUGGAGGCAGAGGAGGCGGAGCAGCAACAGUUCCGGCACAGGCUGCGAGUGAGAGUGGAGACGGGGGAUGGCAGGCGAGUGGCACCAACUGACCUCAUGGGGAAUGCAGGGGAUGCUGCUGCUGCUGCUGCUGCUGCUGCUGCUGCUGCUGCUGCUGCUGCUGCUGCUGCUGCUGCUGCUGCUGCUGGUUACGAGGAGGAUGACGAGGAGGAUGAGCGGGAGGGUGGUGGUGGUGUGGGCCAGUGCGGCAUGGAUGAGGACGCUCCUGCAUGCGUCAAGAUAGUGGAUUUCCAGCAAGGCUUCUCCAUCGUCGAGUACUGGCUCUUCCAGACCCUCUGGGUCCAGCUGUCCGCCUCAGGCUCCAUCGCUCGCUUCCCCACUCUCAAGAUGGAGAUACUAGCAGAUGCACACCCCUCAGCCGUUGCAGCGAAUCUCAAGAGCCAAUCAGAGGCUGCCAGCUCGGCUAAGCGAGGGCUGCUGGGGGAAGAGGAGGGAGGAGGGGAGGAGGGUUGUGGGGAGAUGGGAGGAGAGGGUGAUUUCCAUUCCUCUCACUUUGGACCCUGGAGGGAAGAGGAGGAAGAGGAUGGGGAGGAGGGGGAGGAAAGGGAGGUGGGGCAGAGGAGGGGGAAGACAGGGAAGGUUGGAGGAGGGAAGAAGUGGGAGCAGGGAGGAGUGGGGGAUGUGGGGAUUACGAGUCAGAAGGACGUAUUUUCUGGGAAGGUUCCAGUGGAUGGCCUGAUUUCAUCAGGCGAUGUGGAUUUUGAAGCGGAUGCUGCUGCGGCUGCCACCGCCGCUGCGGUGGCUGCAGCCGUGGUGGCAGGGGAAGGGGAAGAGGAGGAGGAGGCAGGGGAAGAAUUGCAAGACACAGGAGAUGAGGGAAGGGCAGGGGAAGGGGGAGGACACAAGGGGGGUCAGAAGGGGGGAUCAAAAGGGAAGGGUGGGAAAGGCCAGCAGGGUAUGGCAGGUGGGGGUGAAGAGGGAGGGAAGGAGGAUAGAGCUGAGGGGCUGGGCAUGGAUGGUGGGGAAGGGGGGAGAGGAAGGAGAGGGAGGAGGGUGAUUGGGAGGUUCAGUCCGGCAGCAGCCAGCAGUGAGAGCGACGCCAUAGCCAGCAGCAGCAGCAGCAGCACUGCCAGCAGCGGCAGAACCACUGAUGGUGCAGCAGGAGGUGGCGGUGGCGGUGGUGGUGGUGGUGGUGGUGGUGGCGGUGGUGGCGGUGGUGGUGGUGGUGGUGGCGGUGGUGGUGGUGGUGGUGGUGGCGGUGGUGGUGGUGGCGGUGGUGGUGGUGGUGGUGGCAGUGGUGGUGGUGGCGGUGGUGGUGGUGGUGGUGGUGGUGGCGGUGGUGGUGGUGGUGGUGGUGGUGGCGGUGGUGGUGGUGGUGGUGGCAGUGGUGGCGGUGGUGGCGGUGGGUUGGGUGCGUUCCGCGGUCGAUGCGGCAUGCACGACUUGAUGGACGCCAUGCGGGCGCUGCACAUGGCGGGAGACUCUACAAGUGUGGUCAGUUCGCCAGCGGACCUUGCCUUCUCUCUCUCACACAGUGGAGCGCCCCCUCAAGGGCCUGCCCCUUCCGCCUCGGCCUCCUCCCCCUCCACUGCCAGUCCACUUCCUCUGCCGCCCGGUGUUUCCAUAAGUGCCGCCCUGCCACUCUCCUUGGGCGAGGAGGCAAGCCUCAAUGGUGGUUCGUCCAUGCGACAGAAGCAGCUGCUGGCAAAAGCGGCUCACAUCCGCGCCAUGCUGAACAAGUCUGCCAGAUCAAAUGCAACUGAAAAGCAGCGGAGAAGAGCUGCGAAAGAAGCACUUCUGCGACAGAGAGCUCAAGGUCAAUCGUUAGGAGUCUAUUUUUGAGCCGCCUAAAAGAAAUAGCUGGAAAUUUGCAAAAGAAGCACUUCUGCAACAGAGUGCCAUGAUGAAAGUUACAACGCGCAGUGCAUUGUGAAAGCUUGCUUGGGUCAUCUUGGCAAAUGCAGCGUGCUUCAUUUCAUAUGGGAUUGCGUACAUGGUUCUCGUCCAAUAGACUACACCUAAAUAGGGUGGGUGGGUGGGGAAAACGAAACUGGAACUAGAAAUGAAGAACGUGGGUGAGGUCGAAUGGCCUCACGUCCCUCUUUUGUAGGCAAAAGAGGGUGAGUAGCGCUUCGUCGCUGUCCUUGCUGCGUUGGCCCUCGCUACACUUUCACAAUACACAUUUUUUAUUAAG